AUGUCCGUCUUCUUUGUCGCCGAGGCACGCGUCUUUCCGGCGUCGGGCUGUUUUGAGGAGCGCACCGUACCGCUUUCGAUUCUUGACGCCACGGUCGCCAAUUUCACACCCACCGAGACAGUGCUGGCCUACGAUGCGCCCGCACCAACGCCAACUUUCCUACUUGAGGCACUGCGGCGCGUGCUAGAUGCGUAUCCGCAGUGGUGCGGCAGUCUGCACUGCCUUCCCUUCGACGCAGCCACCCGCCAUGGUCGUUUAGCCCUAACCUGGGGCCAUCCCGACGACCCUGGCGUGGUGUUCGUCGAGGCCCGCUGCGAUGUCGCCCUUGCCAGCGUCGCUCCACCCCGCGUCGACGGCGAACUUGACUGGGAUCCGUCGAGCUUUCCAGCCGCCCAGCUGGUGCCAUCCACGCCUUUGGCUGCGCCUGCCGCCCGCGGCGACGACGGCAACGCUCCCCCACGCCCGGCCGUGCUGGUGCAAGUCACUUCCUUCACCUGCGGCGGCCUGGCCAUCGGUCUCCGCCUCGCACACCCGCUCGCCGACGCCCACGCGCUCGCGCAUUUCGUCCGCGACUGGGCCGCCGCAGCCCGCAGCAGCCUUCCGCCGCCCGCCCCCGGCCCGCUCUUCGACCCCAGCCUGCUGGACGCCCGCGCCGCGCCGCAGCCAUCGAACGCAGCCGCGCUCCCAUGCAAUCGCUUCGACUGGUGGAUAUCCAACGCCGGCAGCCCCUUCCCGCCCGUCUCCCCGCCCGCCGAGCUUCUCCGGGACGGCCCGCCGCCGCUCGACCCGCCCGGCACGCCCAUGCCCUGGGCCGACUGGGACCUGGCCGCGCCCGUCGCCCACCGCGUGCUGCACUUCCCCGGCCCGGAGCUGCUGCGCCUGUGGCAAGCAACAACAGCAGCAGCAGCAGCCACUCCCGACGACUCCUCCUCCUCCCGCACCAUCAGCCGCCUCGACGCCCUGCUCGGCCACAUCUGGUCCUGCGUCACCCGCGCCCGCGGCCAAGCCGACACCGACGAGCCCGUGACGCUCGACUACACGCUCGGCGUGCGCGCGCGCCUCGCCCCGCCGCUGCCGGACCGCUUCGUCGGCUCGCCGCUCGUCAUCGCCGCCGCGACGGCGCCUGCGCGGGACGUCGUUUCUUCGUCCGCCGCUAGCCGGCUGCUCCGCAAGACGGUUGCGGCUUUCACGCCUGAAGCCGUCGCCGGGCACGUCGCGGAGAAGAUGCGAGAGCAGAGUCCGCAGCGCUUGUGGCAGGCGUUUCUGGGACGCAGGCACCUGCUCGUCACGUCGUGGAUUCAUACGCGGUUGUAUGAGGUGGAGUUUGGGGUUGGUGGUGGUGGUGGAAGGCCGCGCCUCGUGCAUGCGGCCAUGCCGAGGUUGGAUGGGCUCGUGCAGCUUAUGGAGGCGCCGCCGCGGGACGGGGGCGUGCGGCGGCAGGAGACGAGGCAUUGGGCUGAUGAUGGGGUUGAUGUGCAGGUGUACUUGGCUGCUGAUACGAUGGAGAAGCUGCUGAGGGAUCCGGAGUUGAGGAAGUACCGGGUGUAG